GCGGCGCUUGGUGAAAUCACAUGACUCUUAUGGAGUACCCAGCAUUCUCUGCCGACUCACAAGGAAGAGCUCCAAGUGCAUGUUUCAUAUACGAUUUUUUUUUUUUUUUUUUUUUUAAAUAAGUUUUGUCCAUUUUGCACACAUUGAAAAUGCUCCCGGCGGCCGCAGUCUUUUAUUUCCCCUGGGAGAUUAAUUCCGGUGUAGCGCGGGAGGGAGAAUCUGUAAGGACAUUUGGCAGACUGACGUGUUACCAGCCUGAGGAGUCCAGGGCGACGCUGUCGGCCCAGCAUGCCUCAGCACAGCACCAAGUGGCCGUCCAAACUAUGUUUGUGGAGCCAUUUGACCCUGUAAUUGGAGCUCAGUACACAGUUCUGGGUGAAGUUGAAAAUGUUGAGGGAGUUGGCUUGAUGGUCCGCGCUCGUGUUCUGAACUGUGUUGAUGGGGUAAACCUCGCUCUUCUACAGAAAGCCAUCAAUGAACAGAGGAGCUUCUUCAAAGAGAGGGAGACCAAAGAGGCCGGCCGUCCAUCGCCCGCAGACCCAACCUGACCAGAGUCUGCACUCAUCACAUUUCCCAGAGUUCUCAUUAAUAAGAAGACUGGUUCACACUUCACAGCGCUGGCUCUCACCCUGUGUGCCAAGGAUGGAGGAAUGGAGCGCUAGUCUGAGGCUCAGGUGAACUCUGAGAUUUUGUUUUAGAGAUGGGUGGAAAGAGUAUUAAAAUAUCCCACUCAAGCAGAAGUACUGUCACGUCUCUGAAAUUUCGCUGAAGUAGAAUUAACAUUGCCAGAGUCAACAUCUGUUUAAGGAAAAUAAAGUUGUUAAUUGGAAAUGUACCCAGUUGCUCAUCAGAAAAGCAAAGUUAGGAAACAUUGCUACAGUUGCAAUUCCAGAAGGAUGAGAGGACAGAGGUUUAAAUUAAAUUCUUCUCACUGGAAAUUUUUGACAUAACAAAAUAAAUUGUCCAGACAAAGUAAGAUUCUUGAUUUCUUCUUUACUGUUUGCUGCAGUGGCUCCACAAUUGGCCCUUUUACUUUGGGCCAGUUUUGUGUUGGUGUCAGGGAAAUUGUCUUAAAUAAAAGAACUGAAUCACA